UUUAAAUGUAUUUUGAACGUGCAAAGCGGAUAAGGUCGCGAGUUUGACGCGCACUUUUAUGACGGGAAAAGUAGGUGCAAUGUCGCCGUUCGGGAGCAGUUAAACAUGCAGGAAAUCAAAGUUUUUCAGGCUCACUUCCGCUCAGACGGACGUCGUUUGAGCACAAAGACGCAAGAUGGCGGAAGAAGAGCUGCACGAAAGCCCGGAAACCACAAACAAAUACUUCACGCUGGACGACAUCAGCAAGCGGAACUCCUUCACGUCCACUUGGAUCGUCAUCCGCCACAAAGUCUAUGACGUCACCAAGUUCCUGGAGGAGCACCCGGGCGGCGAGGAGGUCCUGAGGGAGCACGCGGGCGGCGACGCCACCGAGUGCUUCGAGGACGUGGGCCACUCCGCCGACGCCCGCCGCGUGGUCGCGCAGAUGCUCAUCGGAGAGCUGCACCCGGACGACAGAGAGAAAGUGGCCGAGCCUUCGGAAAGUUUGGUGAAAACUUUGGAGGAGGAGCCGAGCCGGUGGCCCAACUGGUUGGUGCCGGCCGCGGCGGCCGCCGUCGUCACGCUGAUGUAUCGCAUGUAUGCGGCCGACAGCGAGCUGUGAUGUCAUCGUCGCGUACAGCAGCCCGGGCUCCUCCCAUCAGACGAAGCGGCCGACGGAAUUGGCUAUCGAGGUCGGGGAUUUGUUUUCGUCGCGCUUGAAAUCGCGGCCUGUCCCGGUCGUGUGACCGCACGGCCCAAACAUGGCCGCCAAACCAACGCUGGAAUCGAAACAAAAUCGUCACUUUUUUAUUAGCCUUAUUUUACACUUCAUUAGUGAAAAUUCACAACCAGAAUAUUUUAGACAACUUUAUAUUUGUAACAUUUACUGACCUGUACUGUAUCCUAUUUUCCAGUAGAGGGCGCCAUUUCCACCAAUAAACAUUUGAUUGAGCGCAAAUGUGAAUGGAAACUGUCCAGUGGUACCUUGAUUUAAGAGUUGAAGUUGUUUUGAUUUCAAGUCAUUCGUCUUUAUCAUUGAAAUGCACUUCUUCCGUCAAGGCCCCCAAACACUUUUUUUUUGAGGAAUUAAUUUUCAAACAAAGAUAAAACGGCACUCGUGUGGCGUUUGCUGACCUUUAUUGAGCCGAGGCGCAUAUUCUACUUUUGAAAAAUCUCACGGCGCAGCACAGGGCGAAAAUAUCGCAAAAAGUACAAAUAGAUAUUCGUGUUUCGCCAUUCGCAAAUUCAGCUGCUUGUGGAUUCCACCUGCUCUCCCCGGAAAGCCACACUGAAUCGUGCUUUGGUUUUGGGGGUCACUUUUUUCCGUGAAUUAUUGGUGGCUUUUUGCAAUUGGCGGUCGUGCCUCUGGCCCGCCGUACUGAAAUCGUGACCAUCUCGUCUCCAGUGGAUUUUCAGCGUGUGGACUGUUUUGAGUGGAACUGUGAGGAUGGCAACAGGCCUCCGCACACGUUCAUGUGCAGCGUUGACGUGUGCCGCCUGUCACAAGACGGCGCGCAUGAAGAACGAGCCGUGAUUUGUCGUCGGGCCUGCAAAGACCUAAAUAUCAAUCAACCGAGCGACGGCCCGGAACUCGAAAACCUCCAAAGUUGGGGCAGUCCCAAGUCAAGGUCCCGCUGUACUCUCCAAGUUUCCAUUUUGUGCAUUCUACUUGACCAACAGGUGGCGCUAUUCCAUCACAAAUAUGUAAUGUAGGCCAAUACGACUAUGUUGUUGAGGGUGACGAGACGUGAAAGGAAAGCGAACGAACGUCAUCGAACGUGCGUGCCUGACGUCAGUUGACGUACCGACGCACGAGGGGGGAGGGGGGCGGUGUUUACGUCAGUAGCCAACUGUUAGCGCUCGUUAAACUUGACGUCAGCUGACGUUUGCUACAUUUGCAUUUUCUAGUAAACAUGAAUGAUCACCAAAUGUGUUAAAAUAAACACAUUUUUUACACCCUUAAAUAACUUGAUGUGACAUGAGCACUGAUGAUUAAA